UUGUAUGGAGAGAGGUCGUCAUUAUACCGUUUUUACUUGAGCCAUAGAGCACUUUUUUUCCGUGUUUACAUAGCCUCAUCUAAACACGAGGAGGGUUGGGAGAAUUCGAGAGUUCUCCCAAUCCCCCGAGCGUUUAGAUGAGGCUAUGAAAACACGGGAAAAGUGCUUUAUUGCUUUUAUAAAAUAAUUCUCAAAAAUACGCGCGAAUCCAAAACGUCACAACCAUAUUUACAUACUCUCAUCUAAACAGAAAAAUUGCCGGCGUUUCAGAGCAAAUGAAGGAGAAACCACAAAUGUACGUGUUCAUGACUUUUCCUUUUAUCAUACUGAAACACCAUGAGCUUCAAUAAAACAGCGGCAAACUGGCGCUGUCCAUAAAGACCAUCUAAUAUCACCCAUAAUACCUUUCGGCAUUGUCGCCAACGCUUUGUAGGGCAAACUUUCCCAAAACAGCUGUAUACAUUUGACGUGAAAACAAACUGUUGCAUCAUUCAUAUCUGAGGCAAUUUGCACACUUUUUGUGACAUUCCGUCACGUGCAGAACGCCUAGACGGUUUUUAUUAUCUUUAAAUAUUCAAAAACAAAGAAACAAACGAACAUAGAAUAGAGAUCAUUCACGGGUUACAAACAUUGACCGCGAAUAAACUACAGGAGUCAAAAAAAAAUACCGGAUCACCAAGCCAAGUUUGAAAUAAACGCCGAAGGCGUUAACACGAGAUAAUAAGUAAUCAUGAAAUUUCCUGCCGAAGUCGAGGAGUACUUUUUGAUACGGUCUGUUCUGUUUUAUAUUUAGAUUUGUGUGGCCUCAACACCUAUCUAAGAGAACCGUCAGGUGUCGUAAGCAGCCCAAACUUUCCAAACAACUAUGGCGCAAGCAGAAAUUGUUUGUGGACAAUCAUUGCCCCUCCAGGGUACCGUGUGCAAUUCACAAUUCAGUGGCUAGGCAUUGAAGACCAUCGGUAUUCCCGACCAGGGAGUUGUGGAGACGACAGCAUCAGAAUAAGCGAGUAUCGUGGAAACUAUACCAAUGAUGUGACUGUACUUUGUGGUUGCAAGCGCUUGUUUACGUUUGUUUCUUUCAUGGAGAAAAUGUGGGUGAGGUUUUCGUCCUACAAGAAAAACAACUGGCCUGGUUUCUAUGCAACCUACAAAGCUCUCGCUCCUGAAGAAUGCCCAGCAGGUAAGAGCAAUUGCUCGCUAACAAGCACUGUUGUAGUUGGUUUCGAUGCACAAGGGCAGGUCUGCAGAACCUCAGUAAAGACUACUACAAAAGUGACCAAUCAAGAGACAACAUCGCUACUACCAAGCUCUGUGAAAACAUUAGCAAGGUUAGGGAGUCUAACAAGCACCCCAGCGUUGGAAAUCACAGCAACCGUGCACCUGACAUUUUCUGAGAGUAACAGAUGGCAUUCAAACACUUCCUCCCCUCAGAAGACCACAGCAGUGGAGAUAAAGAAGCAAGGGACUGUUUCUUCAUUGACAGUCUCGCCCACGUUGAUUCUUCCAAUAGUCAACGCCAGUGUAGGAAGAAUAGUACAUUCAAGUGAAGUUAUAACGCUUACAUCCGUGUCUUUGCUGAGAUCAAACACUUUGGAACUUGCUACCUCUGUCACUAGUUCAUCAAGUUUUCCGAAACAAACUCUUAUUCAAGCUAGACGCUCUUUUGCUACGGCCGAGGACAGCAACGGCAUACGAUCUCCCAUUGGCCAAAUUAAAACUCCAAGGGAUGCUAUCACGUCUACCGGAACAGCAAGUUACGUCUUAGGAACCAAAAAUACAGCACCUGUAGUUCCAACAAGUUCUUUAGCUCGAGCGGACCAUGUUAUUUCUACAAGUAAACCCGAAGAUUUUUCCAGCGAGGGUAUUAGUAUGAAGCCAAGCAAAGCAAGUGAGGAGACCCCCUCUGGUCCAGAAAAAACGCCGAUAGAGCGGCCUACCACACAGUACAUUCCAGUCAACGGUACAGACAAUCCUUUGAUAGGAUUAGAAGUGAAAUGCACCCACUAUGCCAUGGAGGUAACAAUAUCGCGAUUCCUGCGACCUCAUCUAGUUAUCAGUUCACUUCACCUUCAAGAUCCAGCAUGCAAGGUGUCUUUCAUCAAUGACACGCAUGCUCUCUUGAGUGCUCCGCUGGAUGGGUGCGGCACGCAGCAAAAGACUUUAGGGGACUAUUUCAUUUACUUCAACACCAUGACAGGGGACGAGAAGUCUUCGAAAUCGAGUGCUGAAAUUACAAGGAAAGGAAGGUUGAAGUUUGAGUUCCAGUGUUCGUUUAAAAAGCUUCAUGUGCUGUCCAUUGUCUCGUAUUCACCGAGACGAAAGGCACUCCUUACUUCCGAUGAUGGCGUUGGUAACUUUACCUUUGAAAUGGACAUGUUCAAGGAUCCCAAAUAUGACAUAGUCGUUAACCAAUACCCUGUUACAGUGCAUUCUGGCCAGCGGAUGUAUUUUCAGGUGAAUGUCAAGUCACGUGAUCGGAGUCUGCUGACCUUUCUCGAAGAAUGCUGGGUAACACCAACGCCAGACCCACGUGACCAAACAACACAUAUACUCAUCAAACAAGGCUGCUCCCUCGAUGCGUCAUUGCACUACGUCUACAAGAAGUCAUCUGUGCAAAAGUUCAAUUUUGGAGCGUUUCGCUUCCGCGACGUGGUCUCCAAGCGACUAUAUGUGCACUGUAAAGUAGUGACGUGCCGGCGGUCCGACAUUGGGUCUGUGUGCGACCGAGGUUGCAAGAAAGACAGGAGGCACAGGAGAGAGACUAAGAGGUUUAUUAUGGACAAAGACGUGUUUUUAUCCUUGGGACCAGUUAGAUUUCAAGAUCAAGUUGAAGAAUCUCACGAGCCCUCUGUGUAUGUUAAAGCUCUACCUUGGGCGUUGGGCGCUCUGGCUCUCAUCUUAGUUAUUGCAGUAAUAGUAGUAAUCCUCAGAAGGCGAAACCUGCGCGGAAACAAAAACAAAACCUGGAUUUUGCUAGCCACAAGAGAACACGGUGUCAAGGAAGGAAAGCCAAAAGACCAGUUACAAACACCACAAGCGGAAAUGUAACUUGGUGAUGAACAACAAUGCGUCGAAUCGCAUGUGAUAGAUUAUUUAAAUAGAGUUAAAUUAUAAAGUAAAAAUAUUGAAUAAGCAUAUUUCAGUAAUCGAAAGUUUAGAAAAAUGUAAACUCUUUGAGCAGCUACAGACGUGGAAAAGUGACCACUGGUGUUGACACUUCUUCAUGUAAAGCCGAACAGAACAUAUCUAAAGCAUAACAGUCGCAUUUUCCUUGACAGGAAGACGCAAGCUGCAUCCUGCGCCGUGCAGGACUAAAGCAAUUCUGAUUUGUUUUGAAUUAAGUAGGAUUAUGUAAAUUGAAUAGCUAGUCAUCUUUGUUCGAUCCUUUAAGGUCGCUUUGAUGACGAACAAUAUAUCCUAACUUGAAUUUUCUAUUAGAUAAAUGAAGAGAUGAAUUACUCAGUUUUGUAAGAUUUUUAAGCCUUGAACGAGAGUUGAACCCCGUUAUCUUCAAGAUACUGAUUAGACGCAGUAGUCACAGAGCCAUCGGGACCAUUGGUACGCAAGUUGAGUUGUUAACUGCAUGUACCGGGUACUUAUGCGCGACACACACCUUUAAAGAGAGGUUUCGGCACAAUAAAAUAAAUCGGGGAAUGUCCUCGAAGAUUGCGUGACUGAAAUUCAAAAA